AAACAGCAUGGCAAGGAACCCAACGCCAACGGCAACGCAGCACCAGCAGCAUCCAUCCAUCCGGUGCUUCCUUUCCUUGACGAUGGGCAUGGACACGUUCUACAUCUCCCACGGCUCGCCCACGCUCUCCAUCGACGACUCGCUGCCGGCGCGCCACUUCCUCAAGUCGUGGGAGCCGGCCGGUCUCGCCGGACCGCAGCCGCCUCGCGCCAUCCUGAUCGUGUCCGGGCACUGGGAGACGGACACCCCGGCCGUCAAUGUCAUCAAAGGCACCAAUGACACCAUCUACGACUUCUACGGCUUCCCCGAGCAGAUGUACAAGCUGGUGUACCCUGCGCCGGGCGCGCCCGACGUGGCCAUGAGAACCAAGAAGCUCCUGGAGGACGGUGGGUUCGGGCCGGUGAGCGAGGACGACGGCCGCGGGCUCGACCACGGCGCGUGGGUGCCGCUGAUGCUCAUGUACCCGGAGGCCAACAUCCCGGUGUGCCAGCUCUCGGUGCAGACGGACCGUGACGGCGCGUACCACUACGACCUCGGCAGGGCGCUGGCGCCGCUCCGGGAGGAGGGCGUGCUCAUCGUCGGCUCCGGCAGCGCAACGCACAACCUGCGCCGGAUCCUGCGGACGUUCGCGCCCACCAGCGGCGAGCCCGUGCCGGAGUGGGCAGCGGAGUUCGACGCCUGGCUCAGAGAGGCUUUACUCAACGGGCGGCACGACGACGUGAAACGGUACGAGGAGAGGGCGCCGUUCGCCAAGGUGGCGCACCCGCAGCCGGACCACUUGUACCCGCUGCACGUCGCGCUCGGCGCGGCCGGGCCGGACGCCAAGGCGGAGCUCAUCCACCGCAGCUGGUCCAACGCCACGCUCUCCUACGCGUCCUACCGGUUCACCACCAAGCAGCAAGAUACACCGACGGCGCCACCGUGUGACUGCGCUACCCCUGCUCUUGUCUGCGAUUAAGUCCUCACACACCUCAAAUGGGGAACUGCAGUAUGUUGGAACGGUGGUGGACACCGGAAUAAUUUUCAGAUGUGACGGAGUUCAUGGAAAAGAAAACCAUGUUUUACUAAAGGGUUAAUUGGUUCUAUGCCACUACAACUUUCGCAAGUUGGAAAAACGAAAUUACACUUAUGCACAUUGGAAAAAUGUCAUUACAAUUCUUCCAUUCUCCUCUAUA